UUCAAUCGAAUAAAUCGAUAAUUAUUAUUAAAUCGAAUAAAUCGAUAAAGUAUCGAAAAACGCCAAACAAUAAUUCCGGCAUGGUGUGUCGCAUAAUAUAAAAAGUUUAGCGCGGAAGUGCCAGGAGCGUGCAAGACGCAAAUAAAUCUAAUUAGCGUUGCUAAGGAAAUCGGAUUUAUUUUGUAAUACAGAUAUAUUUAUUGUCGGACAUAAAAUAUAGCGAUACAAGUAUCUCAUUGCUAAAAAGGAUCGAGGAAAUCUCAAGGAAGGUUAACCGAGUCUCGAUGUAGCGAUCGUAAACGGAUUCGCGAUGACACUAAUGACAGUUCCUUCGGAUAUUGCGCGUUGCAUAUGUAUGUGAUCGACGAAUCUCUCAUCGAAACGUUUCCACAUUUAUAUCUUCGUAAUAAUAUUAAAAGGAAUAAUAGAAUCGACCGAUCGAUUCAAAUUGUUGAAAACAUCAUCGACGGAAAAAUACUCUAUAAAUUUUCCUACAUUCGUUCGUCAUAUCGCGUUCUUUAUCAUGUUCCUCUCUGACGUAAAAAAUGUUCCAAUUUUUUAAGAAAUCUGGGCAACGAGACAGGCCCAGAUCAUUGCAUGCUUCUCCUACAAAAUCAACAAAAUUAGAAAAGACAUUUGGAGAUGAAUUUGGUGAUAGUGCGUCGAUCUAUGUACCGUCAAGUAUAUUGCGCAGCCUUGAGGAGGAAGAGGAAGAUGAAAUUCUUAAGGAAGAAAAAGACAAUAAGCGACCAUUUAGGUCUCAACUUUCUAAAACGCUUCCAGAGAUUCUUGCAGAUAAGGGUGCCCUAGGUUACUUUAUCCAAUUUAUGGAUACAAGAAAUUCAAUAUCUCUUAUAAAAUUUUGGUUAGAAGUUGAAUGUUUAUGUGGAUCGUUUCCUGACUUCCAUCUUGAAGAUGAAAAUGUAGAGAAUUUGAAUUUCAAGAAUGAUCAUACUGUGGAGUCCGAUAGUUUCUCAAAUUCAGUGGAUGAUAAUGAUAACUUUAAUUGCGAUGUACUGCAGGGUAAUAUUGAAAAUCGUAAUAGAGAAAAGGGACUGUACAAUGAAAUUGUAAAUAGUAAUGAUGUAAAAUCAAAUUGUAAUGACAUGCCAAAGAUUAAUGAGAUGCUAAGUGGUAUGCGACAAUCAAAUCGCAAAUGUGGGAAUAAAAGAGGCGAUAUGACAAAUACUAGGCAAGAUGCAUUAAGAAUUUAUAAAAAAUAUAUUAUUAAAGAAACAUUGGGUACUAAUCGAAUUCCUGAGGAACUAAAAUUAGAAAUAGAAAAAGCUCUUAAGUGUGAAAACAUAGAGCCUAUAUUACGGUGCCUAUCUAACAUUCAAAAUAUUAUAUUUGAUGUUAUAGAAAAGGAAUAUAUUAAUGACUUCCUGCGAAGUGAAUUUCAUUGUAAGCAUCAAAUUGAUGUUCUAACAAGUGGGAAUGUACAAUUAGGAGACAUAUUAUAUAAUGAAACUGCAUUUUUUUAUUUCAUGGAGUUUAUGGAACUCGAAAAUAAACGCGAGCUCUUAGAUUUUUGGAUGGCUGCAAUUAAUUAUAAACAAAAUCUUUUAGAAAAGAAAGAUCCAAUAAACCCUGAGGAAGCUCAGUCUGAUGCUCUUAUUAUAUAUGACAAAUAUUUUAGUUUGCAAGCAACUACGCCACUUGGGUUUAAUGAUAAAAUUCGUUUCGACGUUGAACAAAAUAUUUGCCGCGAGGAUGGAGAGGGACCAUUACCUGAUUGUUUUGAUAAACCUUGUAAAAUUGUAUAUAAAUUUCUCAAUAAGCACUAUUUGCCUACCUUUUUAUCAUCACAGCUGUAUUAUAAAUACUUAUCAGAAUUGAUCAGUACCAUUCAAAGUAAUCCAUGUUCGAGUUAUCAGCUCAGAAUAAAGAGAGCAGGUUCUGACUGCAGCAGUGAAGUGAGCUCUAUCAGUAACAGUAUGCAAAGUACCCUGCAGGCAGGGAACAAUGCCAAUGGAAUAUUAUCUAGUACUAGUACUAGUACAAAAACAAGUGCACACAGUAGUAUGAAUAUCGAUACAAGGCAACUUUAUGAUCCAGAUUCUUUAUGGAGGCGUAACAAAUAUAGAUUAAGUGUUGGCUACAUCGAUUACUUGGGUAGAUUUAUUACAGAAAUAGAACCUGAUCCUUGCAGAAAAUAUGAAUCACGAUUAGCGCGUGCUGUGAAAAGACUCGUAAAUUUGGAGCAAGAUAAGGCAAAAGAAGAACUAGCAUGGAAAAUAGCAGAAAUGAUCAUUCGUGACAUUACAUCUUUGACCUUAGGAGCUACAAAUCUUCCAUCUUGAUGGGAUAUACAUUAUGUAAUAUGAUCUUGAAAAUCAUUUUUGAAGCUUUUUAUAUAUCACAGAUGCUUGAAAGCUUAUAUUUCAAACAAUUGUUUCAUUAUUACUUAUUACAAGUUAAAAAUAUGUAAGUUUGAAAAAAGUGCCAAAAAAAAGUUAAAGAAAAAUUAAGUUAAUUUUUAGUUCGGUUACAAUUUAAGUUUAACAUUUUAUUUCAAACAAUCUCGGAGCACCGUUUAACAAUUUUCAGUUUUCGAAUUAAAUUGUUUGAUAUUAGUAGAUUAUAAAAAUGAAGUUUUAGUAUAUGAAAAUCUUGUGUGUGAUAUAUAUUGCGAUUAGAUAGUAAUAUUUUAGUACAAUUAUUUCACUUCAGUUAUAAAAUAUAAAAAAAAUAAGAUAUAUAUAUAUAUAUAUCAGAAUCAAAGUAAAUUCAUUGUAUAUAAUGAUAUCUUGCAAAUAUGAAAGUAACAAUUUGAAAAGACAGGAUAGUGUUAUUUACUGCUUUAUAUUUUUUAUUCUUUCUAUAAAUUAUCUCUCGAUUAACAUUUUUUUUUUUAUAUAUUGUUUUAACUUAACUAUAAUUCCUUACAAUGUUAAAAAUUAUGCUACAGUUUAUUUUAUCUUACUAUAUUUUUCAUACAUGUAUCAAACUUGAUACAGAUAACACAGCGAAUUAGGAGAAGAUAUUAUGGUAGGAGAAAACAUAAUGGAAAUAAUGAUACAAGUUACACGAGUUUCUCUUUACAAGAAUUUUAAGAGUAUGUACUUGAUACAAAAUUAUCAGCAAAUGAAGUCAAUGAAAGAUCGUUCAUAUUUGUGAAUAAAGCUGUAGAUAUAUUAUGCAAGAGUCGCUGUAGAACGGCACAAAUCAAACCACUUAUGUUCUUAAGUUUACUGAAUUUAAAUGUGUGUGUGUGUCUAUAUAUAUAUAUAUAUAUAUAUAUAUAU